AUGUGCCGCAUAAAUCGUCAAAUGCAUACCGAACUUGAAAACGGCACAAUUCGAAUGCUUAAUGAUACAACUUCGGAAUGCCAGUAUCGAUGCCUUCAUAUGAAUGGUGAAUUAAAUUUGAAACCAAGUAAUUGGAUUAAAAUGAAAAAAAAUGAAGCAUAUUACGAAAGCUGUGAAUUUAUCGAAACGCAUUGCAUGAAAAAUAAGAAGACAACCUUCCGAUACAUUCAUGAUCAGGCUCACUUUUUUUCGAAAUACGAUGAUUACGUUUUUUUUUUGCAGUUAAUAAGACCGAAAGAAAAGGUAUUCCAAAAGGAAGACAAUUUACAUCCAGGUGUAUUCAUACUCCUUUUCGAUUCUACCUCAUCUUCUUCUGCAAUUCGCACACUUGUGCAAACCAACCAAGUUCUGCGUCAAUUGUACGAUGCGACAACAUUUUACUAUCACAACAAAGUUGGCCUUAACAGUCGACCAAAUGCUUUCGCCAUCUUUUCAGGAACUCGUAUAUCCACACUAGAUGAAAAUUUUUUUCCUGAUAAAAGUGAUUCGGAGUAUCCAGAUUCGUGCAAGAAUGGUGUCAAAAGAAAUGAAACUAUAACUUACGAUUUCAUUGAUCAAAGUUAUGCAUCAGUGAUAGCGGAAGAUUGGAUUGGUGCAUUUAAUUGGCCAAAUUGUAAAGGUUAUGACCAACCUCCGACUGAUCACUUUUGCAAUGCUCUGGUGUUACGAUCUACCGGUAAGCAGCCGAACCAGGAAGAAAAUGACUUCGACAAUUAUUUUUAUAAGGGAGAAUGCCAAGAACCUUAUCAUAAGUUGAUGAAUUUUGUGAGCAAAUUCUUGAACGAAUAUAACGGAAUCUCAAAAUUCGCUAUGAUAUGGUUAUCACUGAUAGCGCAUGAUUCACCUAAUGGAUUGUAUCGUACUGAUAAGUAUUUCGCCAAUUUUUUUCGUAAACAUGUCAAAGACUUGAACAAUUCAUUCGUAUUUUUAAUGGGUGAUCACGGGAUACGAUUUGGCAAUAUUCGAUCCACUCGCCCAGGUCAGAUGGAAGAUAAUAAUCCAUUGUUUACGGUAGCAUUACCGAAAUAUUUACGUUCAAAUGAACAGCUUAUUUUGAAUUUAAAACAAAAUUCUCGAAGGCAUACAUCCCAAUUUGACUUCUAUGCAACACUGUAUGAUAUAGCACGGUAUGCAAGGAAAGAUAAUUUCCAGAAAUGGGAUGAACACGAUUUCAGGAAUGAAUUUGGUGAGAUAAGGGGCGGAAUUCGUGCGAAAAGUAUUCUGAGACCUAUUUCAUAUGACAGAACAUGUGAGGAAAUGGAAAUUCCAGAAGAAUACUGUAUUUGUGAACAAACUUGGCAUAAGAUAAAUAUUUAUGGUGAUGAUGUGACAGAAGCUGCGCAGUUACUCAUUGCUAGUAUCAACGAUUUCUUGAAACAGAAAAACCUGACUGGAACCUGCGAAGUGCUCGAUUUUAUAGAAGUUAUUUCAGCAGAAUCUUUUGAGGCAAAAUCAUUACUGGAUGUAGUUGUAAGAGCUUCACCAAGUAAUGGAAAAUAUGAAGCGCAACUGUUAAAGAAGAAGGAUAAGUUUGAAAUAAUCACAAAAAUAACUCGAUUGGAUGAGUACGGUAAUCAAGGAUAUUGUGCACCUGAUGAAGAGGUUCGAUCAUUGUGUUACUGCCGACAACAGCUGACAACAUUUGUGCCACACUGAUAAUAGAUGCGAUGUCAUUUGGUUUAACUUUUGAUAGGGGAUGCUGAAAUUAUUUGUCUAUUAGCUGACUUUAUUACGCGGAUUUCGUUCACUUAUUUUCAUAAUUUACAUGUGGAUUGUCACGUUAUUAUUGUAAUAUUAAAACAAAAAAAAAAA